GUUCUCUUACGGCAGUACAUAGCUGUGCACAUCGUACCUGAUCAGAUGAUGUCCUUCGGAGGCUCCACUGAUCCCUGUGCGCUCUGCAGCCUUUACAGCAUCGGCAAAAUAGGAGGGCAGCAGAACAAGACUUACACCAAGCUCCUGUGUGACCUGAUCUCUAAGCACUUGCAUGUAUCUGCAGACAGGGUGUACAUCAACUACUUUGACAUGAAUGCUGCCAAUGUGGGCUGGAACGGCUCCACCUUUGCGUAGAGCUCUCCCGCCUGUCUGAAGAGGCUGCUCCUGGACCUACCCUCACCCUGCCCCUUAGCAGAGACCACCGCACAGAUGCCCCUGUGUUGCAUUUUGUGCACUCUCACAGAUUGAUGUCUCCUUGCUAGUGUGUUUAAAUAUUGCUGCUUCAACAUUCCUCUGUUUUCUCUGUGUAGAAAACAAAUAAAGAUUUAGAA